CGCCAUUUUUAUCUUGUUAUGAUCGAUCAGUGUAUCUGAAAAUUCGCCGAUAUGUCGUUAAACUUGACUGCUUUAAAUAUAACUCCGAUUGAAAAUUGUUGGUUCACAAACGUUGUCUGCUGAAAAAUGGUAAUAAAAUGGAAUAUCCAGGCCCAUACUGCAAAUCUGCUGGCAUAACUAACUGUCAAGUUUUAGAAAAAAAAUUGCCAAAAACUGACAAAGUCACAAAUGGUCUAGUGCUUGAAUUAUUUAAUUUUACCAAGAAUAGAAAGUGGUCACUAAAUGAAUUUGUGCAAGUUCUUGGACAGAUUAACUAUGAUUUCUGUAAUGCAAAUAUUUCUUCGGUAUCAUCCAAAAUAAAUAAAGUCAGUGGACAAAAAAAAUCACUCUCGCACAAGAAGAAAGUUAAAGGCGUAAAAAAUGUGGACGACUUGCUGGGGCGAUUGUUCGUACCACCAUCUUUCAAUAAAAACAAAAGUGAAGAUCCAGAGACUUUGAAUGUGAUCAAGCAGUGCCUAGAUCCCUUGAAACAGAUAGAGAUUCAGACUGAUAUAUCCCCAAGCGCAGAAUCCCUGAAAAAGAAAGAAACUAAAAAUGGUGUUUCCCCAUGUCCUGAACCUUUAAAAGAGAUAGAGACUCAGAAUGUGUCCCCUUAUCCAAGUCCCAUCAAAUUGAAAGAGACAGAGACUCAAAAUGUACCUUUCCCACAUCCCAGUCCCAUCACAGAGACAGAGACUCAAACCUUACAAUCUACUGAGAAUAUAUCUCAUAUGCCAACACCAGAUCCUUUGAAAGCUAUGAAUCAAAUUAAGUAUGAAAUUUCAAAGCAACAAAAACAAUUGAAUGUGCUCAAAAGUCUUGUGCAGAAUGACAAGCAGUACUAAAUGUAGCCUAUUAUCACAGUCCGGGGCGACGUGGACACAAUAAUCAUCAUCAACCCAC